CUCAUCACUAGUCUUCAGUGCAAACGAGAGAGAAACCCAAAAACCUCUGCAAAAACCUUUUUCUAUCCAUCCGGAAAAAAGGAUGCAGCUUUCGGUUCCAAUUUCACCUUCCAACUUCUUCCCUUUCCCCAAUCGACACGUCCCUCCCCCGAUUCACCUCCUCCCCGCGCCGCAGCACACGCAUCAUCACCACCGCGCCGGUUUCUCGACUCCACCCGUCAGAGUCUCCGGCUACUUCUCCUCCAUAAGCCGAGCGAUCGAGGAGGAGGAAGAGUACCGCAAGGCGCGCGCCGCCGUUAACCGCAAAGGCGUCGAGCUGGACGGUUACGCCGUGGAGGGAAUCUCCGUGGGAGGCCAAGAGACCUGCGUCAUCGUCCCUGAGCUCAAAUGCGUCUUCGAUAUCGGGAGGUGUCCUUCGCGCGCCAUCCAGCAGAAGUUCCUUUUCAUCACUCACGCUCAUCUCGAUCACAUCGGAGGUCUACCGAUGUAUGUAGCGAGCCGUGGGUUAUACAAUCUAGAGCCACCUAAAAUAUUCGUGCCACCGUCCAUUAAAGAAGAUGUUGAGAAACUCCUUGACAUUCACAGGUCUAUGGGUCAAGUUGACCUCAACGUUGAACUCAUUCCACUCCACGUUGGUGAAACAUAUGAGUUACGGAAUGACAUUGUCGUUAGACCUUUUGCAACUAACCACGUCAUACCAAGCCAGGGUUAUGUUAUCUACUCGGUCAGGAACAAGUUGAAGAAGCAGUAUGGUCACCUUAAAGGCAAACAAAUCGAAAAGAUUAAAAAAUCUGGCGAACAGAUUACAGACAUGAUAUUAUCCCCUGAGAUAGCUUUCACUGGAGAUACAACUGCUGAGUAUAUGCUUGACCCUCGUAACGCUGAUGCUUUGAGGGCUAAAGUUCUUAUAACCGAGGCUACCUUCUUGGAUGAAAGUUUUAGUAAUGAGCAUGCGCAGUCACUCGGUCACACUCAUAUAUCUCAGAUAAUUGAGAAUGCAAAAUGGAUCCGGAGCAAAACUGUGUUGCUAACGCAUUUCUCAUCACGUUACAAUAUAGAGGAAAUUCGCGAAGCUGUGCUCAAGUUGCAAUCAAAAGUGUCCGCAAAAGUCGUUCCUCUUACAGAAGGAUUCAGGUCAAGGUAUUCUUGAAAGAGUGCAAGCUAUUAGUGUGAUUCAAAACCAUCUUUAUCAACUAAUGUAAGUUAACAAGGAGAAAUGGAAAGAAAUAUAUUCAUUGA